AUGGCUAUACUUAUGUUUAUCUUAAUAUUACUUCUAUUUAUUUUCACAUGCGCCUAUAAUCCUGGUACAUCAACGAAAAUAAAUAAUUCCAAUAUAACGAAAAUUUCUAAUGAACAACGUUAUCAACAUUAUCUAUAUUUUCCACGAUCGGAACGUUUACAAUAUCGUGAAAAAGCACGAGAAAUGUUUCAAUUUGGAUAUGACAAUUAUAUGAAAUAUGCAUUUCCACAAGAUGAACUCGAUCCAAUUCAUUGUCGAGGACGUGGACCUGAUAUUGAAAGACCUGAAAAUUAUAAUAUCAAUGAUGUUCUAGGAGAAUUUUCAUUGACAUUAAUCGAUAGUCUUGAUACACUUGCUGUGAUGGGAAAUGUUUCCGAAUUUCAACAUGCCAUUAAACUUGUUAUUGAUCAUGUACAUUUUGAUAGAAAUUCAACUAUACAAGUAUUUGAAGCAACAAUUCGUGUACUUGGUGCACUUCUUUCAGCACAUUUAUUAAUUGUUGAUCCAUUACAACCAUUUGGUAAUUUAACAAUACCAAAUUAUGAUAAUGAAUUACUUGACCUUGCUCAUGAUCUAGCAUCAAGAUUAUUACCUGCUUUUGAAAAAACUCCACAUGGUUUACCAUAUCCACGUGUAAAUUUAAUGACAGGAAUUGUUGAUGGAUCAAGAAAUGAUACAUCAACAGCAGGUGCUGGUUCACUUUCGUUAGAAUUUAGUAUUUUAAGUCGACUUGUCGGUGAUCCUGUUUAUGAACAAGUUGCACGAAGAGCUGUUAAAUCAUUAUGGGAUAAACGAAAUAAUGUUACAGGAUUAUUAGGCAGUGUGAUUGAUGUAAAUAGUGGUGAAUGGCUUGGUCAAUUAUCAGGUCUUGGUGCUGGUAUUGAUUCAUUUUUCGAAUACCUUUUAAAAAAUUAUAUUCUAUUCGGUGAUGAAGCUGAUUUACGAAUGUUUGACGAUGCCUAUGAAAGUGUUACGCAAUAUCUUCGUCGAGGUCGAGUGAAUUGUAUGGAUGAAGAUGGUAUUCAUCCAAUGUUUGUUAAUGUAAAUAUGCAUACGGGACAGUUAGCAACAACAUGGAUUGAUGCUUUACAAGCAUCAUUUUCUGCUGUACAAGUUUUACGUGGUGAUAUUGAUGAAGCAAUUUGUUUACAUGCACUUUAUUAUUCAAUAUGGAGAAAAUUUGGUGUUUUACCUGAACGUUUUAAUUGGCAAAUAAAAAUGCCUGAUGUUUUAUUUUAUCCAUUAAGACCAGAAUUUAUUGAAUCAACUUAUUUUCUAUAUCAAGCAACAAAAAAUCCAUUUUAUUUACAUGUUGGUCGAGAUAUUUUAGAUAAUUUAAAUACAUAUACAAGAGUCGAAUGUGGUUUUGCUACUGUACAUGAUGUUCGAGAUAAAACAUUAGAAGAUCGUAUGGAAUCAUUUUUCCUAAGUGAAACAUGCAAAUAUUUGUUUCUGUUAUUUGAUGAAGAAAAUUAUUUAAAUCAACAUGGUGCAAAUCAUUAUAUAUUUACAACAGAAGCACAUAUUAUACCUUUAAUGGCUAAAUUAAGAAAAAAAAUUAUAAAUUUCGAUGAAAUGACAUCUAUUAGUGAAAAUCAAGAGAAUGAAGGUGAUAAACCAACUCAUACAAGUGAACACGAAUUAAUAAAUGUCAAUAGAAAUAUUAUCAAAGUCGAAACAAAUCUUAUUCCAAUUAGAAAAAAACGAAUUAAUGAAACAAGUUGUCGAUCUCGCCCAAUGUCUGAUCGACAUCAACUACCACUCAGUGCCAAUCUACUCUAUCAACUUGAUGAAAUGGUUGGUGUUAUAGCAACUCAAACAUAA